AUGUUGUCUCAUAUCCUGUUGACCAUGGCCUCGAUAGCCAGCCUGGCAGUCACCCAGACCAUCGACCCUGGCACAAUUCCUCUCGCUACACGAGCCCAGUGGUGUGAGCAACAAAAGACAUCCUGCCCUCUGAUCUGUCUCCAGCUUCCCAACGGUACUUCUGACACAGAAAGCAACAAAUGUGACGCCCAAACACUCGACUACUCGUGCGUCUGCAGCAACGGCCUCUCCCCCAACUCUUCUGAAUACUCUCAAACAAUCCCAUACUUUGUCUGCACCGCCUACAACUCGCAAUGCCAAACUAAUUGUAACGGCGAUUCAACCUGUCAAGCCAAAUGCGUGCAGCAACACGCGUGCGGUGCCCAGGAACCGACACGCUACAAUGCCACCACCACGGCCUCCGCCACCGCAACAUCUACCAGCGCUGAUCCCGGGAAUGUUAUUUAUACCGGUUGGGGCACUGCCGGAGCCGUCGCCGCUACUGGCUCGUCCGGCAGCAGCACCGGCAUCGCUACCCGUCAGAUGAUGCUUGAGAUGGGGCAAGUCUACGGUCUAUUUAUUGUUGUCGCGGGACUUAUCGGUGGAUUCGCCGUGGUUUUGUAG